AUGAUGCCAGCUGAUAGUAGGUCUAGUCUGGCUCCAAGUGUGCAGAACCUGGUCGAAGAAACCGCUGGCGUCCUGGAGCGAAUUGGAAGUUUGGCUUCUAAGACUCUCCGCUUGUCUGAACCGCUAAGAGAUAUUGGGUCCCUGAAAUACUCUACUGCCGUUACUGAACAGCCCUCGCUGGCACCCAAGAUCAAUCGUGGUGCUUCGAAAUUAUUCAAGAAUGCCGAUGAAGCUGUAGCUGAUCUCAAGAGCGGAUCCACAAUCCUCAGUUCCGGGUUCGGUCUCUGCGGUGUUGCAGAGACUCUUAUAUCGGCGAUGCACCGCAGAGGGGCCGAGAAUCUGCACUCUUUGACCGCAGUUUCGAAUAAUGCAGGUGCUGCUGGAAAAGGCGGCCUUUCCACACUCACAGAUGCAGGACAAGUUAGUCAGUUAAUUCUUUCGUACCUUGGAAACAACAAGGCUCUUGAGAAGAAAUAUCUCGCCGGCAAUAUUGCCAUUGAGCUGUGUCCUCAAGGCACGCUGGCAGAAAGGAUACGUGCAGGAGGGGCAGGGAUUCCUGCAUUUUUUACUCCUACGGGUGCGCGUGAGUUCCCACUGUUCCUCUUCUCCCCUCUAGCUAUCUAUCUUCCCCCUUCCGCCCUGCUUUCCUGGAUCUUUGGGUUUCUAAUCUACGUUUCUGUAAACAUAAUAGACACCCUUCUCCAAGAGGGUGAAAUUCCGGUCUGUUUAGAUGAAUUUGGCAAGGUGUUGGAGCAUGGCAAGCCCCGCGAGACCAGGGUGUUUAAUGGAAAAACUUAUUUGAUGGAGACAGCACUGACUGGUGAUGUGGCCAUUAUUCGAGCGUGGAAGGCAGAUGAAACUGGAAACUGCGUCUUUCGCUAUACCACAAAAUCAUUUGGCCCAAUUAUGGCAAAGGCAGCCUCUGUUACCAUAGUCGAGGCAGAGAACAUUGUCCCCGUUGGCUCCAUAGACCCAAAUGAUGUUGAUCUACCAGGAAUAUUUGUGGAUAGAAUUGUUCCUGCUACCGACGAGAAACACAUUGAGAUAAAAAAACUACGCUCGGAAGACGAUGAGGGUACACUCGAAACAUCCAAAGAUUCGGCGAUGGCGCAGAGAAUUCUGAUUGCCAAACGAGCUGCAAAGGAGCUAAAGCAUGGGUAUUAUGUGAACCUGGGUGUUGGAAUACCCACACUUGCCCCUUCAUUCUUGCCUGAGGGAGAUACGGUUUGGAUACAAUCAGAGAAUGGUAUCCUGGGGAUGGGACCGUAUCCUACAGAAGAUGAAGUCGACCCAGACAUCAUUAACGCUGGAAAAGAGACUGUUACCCUGGUUCCUGGCGCAGCAACCUUUGACAGCACCGAGUCAUUUGGCAUGAUCCGAGGUGGGCAUGUGGAUGUUUCCAUUUUGGGGGCAAUGCAAGUUAGUGCGACCGGUGACCUGGCCAACUACAUGAUUCCAGGGAAAGUCUUCAAAGGAAUGGGAGGAGCCAUGGACCUGAUUUCGAAUCCGGAGAAGACCAAGAUCGUGGUGGCUACUAGCCACACUGCCAAGGACGGUUCACCAAAAAUCGUAGCUAAAUGUACUUUGCCCUUAACGGGUGCAAAUUGCGUCAGCACGAUCAUCACAGACUUGUGUGUCUUCCAGGUGGAUCGGACCAAAGGUGCACUUCUGUUGACGGAACUCGCACCGGGGGUCGAGGUUGAAGAAGUACGGAGCAAGACAGGAGCCAAGUUUACUGUCGCCGAGCAGUUGGAGCUUAUGGAACAGUGA